CCCCAAAUCACCCACAUGGACACGUUUGUGAAGACGGUAGAGGCGUCGACCAAGACGAUCGAGCGCCAUGCAAACCGUCUUGGCGAACAUGCUGAACGCUUUGGCCAGCGCGUGCAGAAACACGUGAACGAUAUGGAAGCGUCGCUGCGCACUCCGUCGGCGGCGCCGGCCCCCGCGCCAUUCAAACUUCAAGAUAUUGUCCAGUGGGUCAAGGACACGUUUGGCGUUAACACAGACAUGGUGUACGACUGCGCCAAGAAGAACGACGUUCAAAUGCUGCUUCAGAUCCUCGAUGGAGCGACGCCCGAGAUGCGGCCCAAGCUACUCGAGUACAAGGACUCCCGCGGCCGCACCCCACUCAUCAUGGCUACUUCGCACGGUCAUGUGCUGUGUGUGGAAGUCCUGCUUCAACACGGCGCGUUCAUCGACGCCAUGGACAACAAAGGAAACACGCCGCUGCACUACGCGUGUCAAGAAGGCGCGAUGGGGGUGGUCCAGUACCUCAUGUCUAUUCCUGGUGUGAGUCCGUACAUCCAAAAUAGUCGCGGCUUGUCACCGUUGGAAGUGGCGCGCCGGAGCGUCGAGAACAAGGUGCUCAAUGCGGCUGGCUGCGUGAACCUGCUCGAGAAUCGCACCCAGGUCUUCCAAGGGUGGGUGUACGAGAGCGUGGACAACAUGGGGUCGUCUCUGCUUGGCCUGUCGGCGCUGCAGUCGUGGGCCCAUCGCUACGUCAUCAUACUGCGCGUGGGAUCGCCGCAAUUCCUUGAGAUGGCCUUCUUCGACGUCGUACAAGGCCAGCGAUCACCCCUUCCAAAGUCUACGUUCAUGUUGCACGUGCCGUCUCCCGUGACGCUUCACACCAAAGCCAAGAUGUUCGACUCGAAGCCGUUCGCGUUUAAGGUGUUUGGCGCCCGCAAGAAGGGCGCGGGACUCGUCGGUGCUCUCCAUGAGCGCGAGUUUGCUGCACCCGACCAAGAGAGCUUCAACAGCUGGGCAGCAUUUUUAACCGGCGGGGGCGCGGUCAACGCUCUGGUGGACCCGCACCUCAUGGGCCAUCCCGGCGUCGAGUUCGUGUCGACUCCUCAAGAGCCAGGGCCAACUACUCCCAUCGCCCCGCCAAUACCUCCACUGCAAUCGAUGCCCCCCAUUCCGCAAGUACCUUCCGAGGCCGCUCAACAGCCGCCGCUCCUUCCCAGGGCCAAGGCCCUCGACGACAACUUUGUGUACGCGCCAUCUGUGUCAGUCGCGGCUGUGCAAGCAGCAGCGGCUUCGGCGCCCCCUUUGGAAGAGCACGUUGCUUCGACACAUCUAGAAACCACUGUGCCUGGCGAGUGCGUGGUCUGUUUUGACGGACCCCAAAAUGCAGUGUGUGUCCCUUGCGGUCAUGCCGCCGUGUGCAUGCGAUGCGCGGACCACAUGAAACAAACGUCGCAGCAGUGCCCAGUGUGCCGCGCGGACGUUCGCCAAGUCGUCCAGCUCUUUCACGUGUAGAGAGCAAUGCAUUCUUCGCUCGGUUUGGUCGAUUUAUUUAACUAACUUUAUAACAUAUCGAGCUUCGAUUGAACGAAUUUGUUGGCCAGCAGCAUCGAAGUCGUGGGCCUUGAUUCACGCCAU